AUGAAAUCCUCGGAGCAGCCGAGGCAUCAGCCUUUAAUGUUUUAUGCUGUGGCAUUGUGCCUCUUAGCCACAAGUGUUCUUGCCAAUAACCCUUACACUUAUUCUUCACCUCCACCACCUAAACAAGCGCAACAUUACUACAAUUACCCCCCACCAAAGCACUCUGUUCACCCACCAUACCGUUACAAGUCACCCCCACCACCAAAGUAUGUGAAGUCCCCACCAUACCACUACAAGUCACCACCACCUCCACACUAUCACCAUAAGUCUCCACCUCCAUACCACUACAAGUCACCACCUCCACCAUCCCCUUCACCUCCUCCUCCUUAUGUCUACAAGUCUCCACACCUCCGUCACGUCACCUCUCUCAUACGUCUAUAA